UAGCUAGGGUUGUGAACUCAUCACCAAGCCUGCCAUGAAAGAUUCACAACCGUCUCUCUCACGGCGACGACGUGACCUAUAUCAUGUCGGAAACUGCACAACAACAACCAUUCCUUUAGAUCUCAUCAUCGAGAUACUCUCUCUACUUCCUGCUAAGUCGCUCUUACAAUUCCAAUCCGUGUCGAAGCUAUGGUUCUCUACCAUCCGCAGCAAAACUUUUGUCGACUCGUUCUUGACUAGGUCAAAGAAUCGUCCUCGUCUCCUUUUCACGUUCUAUCUAAAAAAUUCCUGGGAGAAAUUCCUCUUCUCGGCUCCUGAAUACGACGAUGAUAAAUCCUCCAGUGUCUUGGCAAGAUACGACAUGACGAUCUCGGAUCUCGACGAGAUCUGUGGUUCUGUCAACGGUUUCGUCUGCUUUAGAAGUGUUGUUUCUUCGAAACCCGUUUGUAAUAAUAAGAUCACCGUCUAUAAUCCCACCACUAGACAGAUUAUGAAGUUGCCUGACGUUACAUCCGGCAGAAGAUACGUGGACGCACUUAUUGCGUAUGAUACAGUCGAGGAUCCGUACAAGGUGUUAUGUGUGAAGAUGUUUGACCGUAAAACACAACAACAACAGGAGCAUUUCGUUUGCACUGUGAGUUCAUCUCAGAAACAAGAGUGGAGAAAGAUCGAGAACACGACUGGAGGUAGUUACAAAUGUGUCCUCUUGGGACAUAUAUGCAUUGAUGGUGCUCUAUAUUACAGAAUUGAUCAGUCAAGAAUAGUUAGAUUCGAUGUUAGAGCAGAGAAGAUUGAGAUUAUUAAAACACCCAAAGAGUCGCAUGUCUCGGUAGCAUACGAUUCAGCUCUUAUAGAUUAUAAUGGUAAAUUGGGACGUUUAGUAGGUUCUUGCGCAAACAAUUUGGUGACAUUGUGGGUUCUUGAGGAUGUUGAGAAACAAGAAUGGUCGAGCAUGACGCAUGCCGUACCUUAUCAGUGUGGAUCUAUACAUAGGGAUAGGGUUUUAGUAGUGUGUGAAGCUGGGAUCCAUGCCGGUGUGACUAUGAUGUUUCGUCUACCAUUUCGUGUUUGUUAUUAUGAUUUAAAUAAAAAGAAUAUAAGAGAAGUCGAGAUCCGAGGAAUGGAGGAUGGUGAUCUCAGACGUGUCCAUGGGUUCAGUGUGCUGACUGGUUAUACAGGUCACAUUGAGAAUAUUAGCUUCUUGUGAGCGAUUAUUAUUACUAUUAUUGGUUCAUGUUUUCUUUUAUUUUGACAAAGUAUUGGUUCAUGUUUUCUUUUGUCAAGUUUUCUAGUUAGUAAUGGACUGUGAAUAAACAAACAAUCGACAAAGAAGAGAGUGAUAUGAGCUUUAACCUAUGUUUAACUCUAAUUAAUCUCUUUCUGAGAAUGAAGUUUAUUUUUGGAUGUUGUUUUUUUUUGCUAUCAUAACAAAUUUGGGAUACAAUUUAAUUAAAGUCCAAAAUCACUAGCAAUCCAGAGCAGAGAAAACUGCCAAAACGAAGAAGAUAGUAACACUUGAUAUUUACGAGUG